GAGCGAACUCCAGUCAACCGUUGGCCGCCGUUCAGUUCAGUUCCCAUUCAGUUGUGGUUCCGACUUCCGCGAAGCUUCCGUUCCGUGAAACAGGUUGUUAGUCGAACGAAACAGUUGCCGCACAUACACAUAUCGUUUCCGGGGAAAAACCUCCGCCUCACGCAAGCUGCAGAGUGUGUUUUGACUUUUCCGAGGAAAAGUCUGGGCUCGGGCAGGGGAAACGCCAUUCAUAUCACGUCCGGUUUGGCAACACAACACCGCCCAAAGGCCCCCCAGUUUCUUUGGCGCUUUUGUGUGUAAAUGACCAUAUCGGUUCCUGACGUUGGUCGUCACUUGUAAUUGACCAACAUCCGGUCCCAUUUCUGGGAAAAGUUCGUUGUCAAACACAAACAGCCGUUUUGCCGUUUUGGCUGCUAGGAGUCGGUCUCGUGGGAGGUUUCGAGAAGAGUAAAGGACUUAGCAGCUUCAGGUCCAGAAAGAAGAUCGCCGCCUAAAUCAAUAACAUAAUUUGAGUCUCAGAAUUGAAUGACGCGUCCGGCCAGGGUCGUGAAUGGAUGUGAAGUUGCGUUAGCGUCGUCGUAGUCGAGUGAGUCGAGUGAAGAUUAAUCCAAUUGUAGGGCCACUUAAGGAAUUACUCCCCUGGAAGUUCCGUAUCACCGUCAUCAGUGAAGUGAAGAGUGACGUGAAGAUAAGUUUAUUGCGAAGAUGAGUUCAACGAUGCUCUUGGGAUUAACCGUCGCAGUGUCGAUCGUUAUGCUGCUGCAGCAAUGUGGCCAAGUGGCCGCCAACGACAGUCAGAACAUCAACCGGCUGCUCAACAAUCAGGUCAUCGUCAGCCGGCAGAUUAUGUGCGUCCUGGAGAAAAGUCCGUGCGAUCAGCUGGGACGGCAAUUGAAAGCCGCCCUACCGGAAGUGAUACAGCGGAACUGUCGAAAUUGUUCGCCGCAGCAAGCCCAGAACGCCCAGAAGCUGACCAACUUCCUGCAGACGCGCUACCCGGAAGUGUGGGCCAUGUUGAUACGCAAAUACGGGGCCGUCUAGAGGAUUCCGUCAUCUCUGGUCAAAUCGCUUCGUUAUUCUAGGUUCCGAAAUCGUUCCCUUUCGUUCAGUUUGCUUAUCGCUAUCAAGGCAGUGUUGUGUUCUUUAACUAAUAACUGAAUGUGCUGUUGAACAAAAACCCAAAUAGGAUGUAAGCUUUUCGAAUAGUUUUAAUUAGUUAGUUUUUUUUCCUUCCGAAACUCAGUUUGAGGCCUAGCGCCUGUGGAUAGGCAAAUGUGAUAAACUUUUGUUGAGCAGCGCGCUUCCGUGGGUAGAAAUAAUCCGAAAAUGAAACAAAUGUAUCAAAUCAAAUCCUAACGAAGAAAAAACCAAAAGUGGGUUAAUCCAUAUCAAACCAACCAAUUGAUAUCAGAAUGAAGAAUUGUUGAAAAAAAGUCUGUUAUGGAAGAAGAAAUCUAAGGGUUUAGAUUUUCAUAAAAAAGGUUUUAUUUAAGUACACAUUUCACUCUACCAAAAUAAGAACGAAAAUACAAUACAGCUCAAACGAAUUACAGUAA